AAUCGAGAGGCACUUCAUCAAAGUAAGCGGAGGGUUGAGCGAGGACAGUUAGACUGGGUUAUCAGUCAUCACGCAGAUUUGAUCACAGCCGUCAGUUGGUUGCAUCUGAACGGUCAAAGGGAACUUCUCUUCCAUUGAUGGGUCCAAAUCGUGAAAAGGAUGGGCCCAACAAAACCAAACGCCCCUCCUCUUCUUCUCCUCAUUUGAAUUAGACGCCAUUAAAUUUCAAUUAGGGAGAUCUACCGUACGCCGUCAUCAAGCCGCAAAGCUCCAUUAAGUUUUGUUGAUAUAAAAGGGGGUACACUUAGCAGUUCAAUUGAAUCAAAAUGGCAAGGAUAAAACCUCAGGCUUUACUAGUUCAGAGUAAGAGGAAAAAGGGGCCGACUCGAAUCAGUAUCACCACGAUUGUCUUCUGCAACUUGAUUGUUGUGUUAAUUGUGUUGUGCUUUCUUGGGGCUUAUAGACAUUGGUCACACAGGUCAGGUGAACUAAAAGAGACUAGAUCUUCGAAUUUUGAGGACACUGAUGCCUUUGUUGUUUCGAAGAAGUUUGAUCUUCCUGGCCAUGCUAUUCUAAAUACAUCUAAAGGUCAUAUAAUUGUGGAGCUUUUCAAAGAAGGAUCACCAGAAACUGUGGAUAAAUUCAUUGACCUGUGUCAAAAGGGGCACUUCAAAGGGAUGCCUUUCCAUCAUGUGAUAAAAAACUAUGUGAUUCAAGCUGGGCAUUCCCAGCGGCUUGCAGCUGCCGAGGAUUGGACUUCAAAAGGGAAGCUUCGUGGUCGACUUGCUACAAGUCCAAAGCAUGAGGCAUUCACGAUCGGAACUUCAAAAACUAAAGACAGUAAAGAAUUUGAGUUAUAUAUUACUACUGCACCCAUUCCAGACUUAAAUGAUAAGCUUAUUGUGUUCGGAAGAGUCAUCAGGGGUGAGGAUGUGGUUCAGGAAAUCGAAGAGGUGGAUACUGAUGAACACUAUCAGCCCAAGUCACAUGUAGGAAUCAUUAAUGUGACACUAAAAACAUGAGAUUUUGAGAAUGUUUGGGCAAGAUAGUGUAAAUUUUUUCUGCAUUGCAAGACAGAUUGUCACUGGGUGAGUUUGUUGUAAUAUUACAUUUUUCUUCUAUGGAAUCUUGUUUUCUCCUGUUGUGCCCCUUCAAUACAUUAUUUUCCUGCGGGGUGAGAGUAGCUUAGACUUGGAGAGUUUUAAGGAAUGCUGUUGGUUAGUGAAGGUGUUGUACUUAGAGUAAACAAAAUACAGAAUUUACACAAUUUUGUGAAUUCCAUUGUUAAAUAUUUUGUA